UGUCGGUGUGCGGGUCUGUUGGCUUUGUGCGUUAUUGUGCUACUCUUCUGUCGUCCCAGUGCGGUUUCGGGAAGGCUGUCUACGGACCAACCUGCUUAACAGUCACGUCAGUGGGGUUCCAGUGUGCGUUGUCGUCGGUGUUGUUGUACGGGUUGCUUGUGUGCAGCUUUUGAGCAGCCAUUUGUGUUGCAGAGAUCCGAGCGGCGCCUUAACCGUCGAGUAACGCGGCGGUAGCGGCAGCAGCAGCGGCAGCGGCGGCGGCAGCAGCAGCGGGUUUCCGUUGGUUUCCGUUGGUUUCUGUGUGUUUCUCUCGCUUCCUUUGCCGCCAGGCAGCAAUGAGCCGUGUGAAGGAGGAAAGUCGGAGUGUGUCCCCUCUCUGCCCCAAACCUGAUGAAUCCGAGGAACCGCUCGGCACAGCGAUGAAGACUGCGUCCCCCGAUGGUGUCGGUGUGCAACCCGAGAACGAGAAAUCUCAGAUUAUCAUCACCAAAGAAAUGGAAGACGAAGAAAAGCAGCUGAUGGAGGAGGGAGAGAAGAAAGAAAAAGAAAUGAUGGAAAAGGCACGGGAAUCCUGGGAAAGAGAUUCUCAUGAGAUGCGCUUCAAGAGAUUACAACAUUUGCUUGAGAAGAGUAACAUCUACUCCAAAUUCCUGCUGACAAAGAUGGAACAACAGCAGCAAGAGGAGAAAAUCAGGAAGGAGAAGCUUGAAAAGAAGGCUAAGAAGACACAGAACACGGAUGGCACCGCACCUGAGAAAGACAAAAGGAAGCGGAAGAGGGAUGAUGACUAUAAAAUUGCUGAUGUCAUAUCUAAAGAAGAAAUCAUGUCAAAGGCAAAGAAAUCCAAAGUGGAAGAAAAGCAAGUUCCCACCUACCGAAAACUAGAGGCAGAGGACAUCGAGAAGAUAAGCGACUCUAAUGCUGACAUCAAGGGCCGUCUGUCUGAAGUGGUACGGGACAAAGCCAAGCAUCUCUUUGACCCUGACUGGACAGUAAACGGUCAACCUGUGCCAGAACAGCAGCCCAGAUUCUUUACCGGCGGGGUCAUGAGGUGGUACCAGAUAGAAGGCAUCGAAUGGCUAAGAAUGCUGUGGGAAAACGGCAUCAACGGGAUCCUGGCAGACGAGAUGGGUCUGGGUAAGACAAUUCAAUGCAUCGCCCACAUUGCCAUGAUGAUAGAAAAGAAGGUGAUGGGCCCCUUCCUGGUGGUGGCCCCCCUGUCCACUCUGCCCAACUGGGUUAAUGAAUUCAAACGCUUUACACCAGAGUUGUCAGUGCAACUCUACCAUGGGCCCCAGCCAGAGAGGGCCAAGCUGAUUAAGCACAUUCGAAGACCCCAAGGGCCCCUCAACAUGUGUCCUGUUGUCGUCACUUCGUUCGAGAUUGCUAUGAUUGACAGAAAGGUCUUACAGCGGUUCCAGUGGAAAUACCUCAUUGUGGAUGAGGGCCACAGGAUCAAGAACCUGAACUGUCGACUGGUGCAAGAGCUGAAGGCUCUUCCCACCGACAACAAACUCCUGCUGACUGGCACACCAUUGCAGAACAACCUGGCUGAGCUCUGGUCCCUGCUCAACUUCCUGUUGCCAGAAGUCUUCGAUGACCUGAAGAGCUUUGAGUCAUGGUUUGACAUCGACACCAUCAGUGCAGAGGGGGAGAACGUUGUGGCCAACGAGCGCGAGCAGAACGUUCUGAGCAUGCUGCAUCAAAUUUUAACGCCGUUUCUUCUGAGAAGACUGAAGACCGAUGUGGCACUGGAAGUCCCUCCUAAGAAGGAGAUCAUCGUUUAUGCCCCUCUGACAGCAAAGCAAGCAGCAUUUUACACCGCAGUGGUCAACAAGAACAUCUGCAAGAUGUUGGGCCAAGAAAAGAAAGAGGCUUCAGUGGAUUUGACAACUAGUGGCAGGCCCAUACGUGGCAACAGGAAGAGAGUGAAUUACAGUGAAUUGGAUGGAGACGGCCCCCAUCAGCUGGAAAAGUACCUGGAGAAAGUUCGCAAGGAGGUAGAGCAGAGCUCAAACCCCAUAGUGGUGCACGUGAAGAGCCACCUCGAUGCACAGAUAAAUCUGAAACUGCAGAACAUCCUGAUGCUGCUGAAGAGGUGCUGCAACCAUCCCUAUCUCGUGGAAUACCCUCUAGACCCAGUCACCCAGGAAUUCAAGAUUGAUGAGCAGUUGGUCCAGAGCUCAGGGAAGUUCCUCAUCCUGGACAGACUGCUGCCUGCAUUGAAGAAAAGGGGCCACAAGGUGCUGAUAUUCAGUCAGAUGACCUCCAUCUUGGAUCUCUUGAUGGACUACUGCUACCUGCGCGGGUUCCAGUACAGCCGGCUGGAUGGCUCCAUGUCCUACACUGACAGAGAUGAGAAUAUGACCAAGUUUUCCACAGAUCCAGAAGUGUUCCUGUUCCUUUUGAGCACCAGAGCUGGGGGACUCGGGAUCAAUUUGACAGCUGCUGACACAGUUAUCAUUUUUGACAGUGACUGGAACCCUCAGGCCGACCUGCAGGCUCAAGACCGCUGCCAUCGUAUUGGACAGACCAAACCAGUGGUGGUGUACCGCCUGGUCACAGCCAACACCAUCGACCAGAAGAUUCUGGAGAGGGCCUCUGCCAAGAGGAAGUUGGAGCAGAUGGUCAUCCAUAAGAACAAAUUCAAAGGAGUGAAGAUGGAGCUGAGCCAGAGUAAAAGCUGCAUCGAUCUAAAUGAGCUUAUGGACUUGCUCAAAGGCAGAGACACUGCAAAGGAGGUGAAAGGCUCAAAGGGGAAAGUGAUCAGCGACAAGGACCUGGAGACCUUACUGGAUCGCAGCGACUUGCUGGACAGGGAAAAAAGGAGCUUGAAGCAAGAGAAGGUGGGAGUUUUCAGAGUUCUUGAAGCCAAAGAAUCAGCCGACAUAAGCCUGGCCUGAGACGACGUUCCUCGAGUAGAAAAGUUAAAGCCGGCUUCGUGGGACCACUCAUGGAGCUGCAGGAAAAUACCUUACAACUACUCUUUUGUAACUCUUGAAAAACGUAUAUAAUCAUUUGUUUGGUCUACUUUCUUUUUAUUGCGCUACAGUAACUCUGUUGUGACUAGUGAGUCACCGCUGUUCCUGUUGGCAGUCGGUGAACAAGAGAGAAAACAAGUUCACCUUCAUACAUUAGUGCCACAGACAUUCCACCCUUAUCGUCACAUUUUGAAAUGUUAUGAGCCGUGUCAUCACAUCAGGUAAUGUCACAAGAACAACACAUUGAAUACACGCUAUGUGCACUUUAAUGCAAUGAAAGCAUACUUACAACCUGUCUCAACCACUGUUUUUUUUUGUUUUGUUCAUUUGUUUUCUUGCUGUUGUAUAAAUAAACAUAACCUGAACAUACCCGAGCUGUAGACUUGAGACUUAAGACUUCGGACUCGGAUUCAAGUCGUGAAAACCAGAACUUGGGACUCGACCUGGACUUGCCUGCUGUGAGACUCGGCCUUACUUGCGACUUGACUCCGUUGGGAUUCGAGACUUGAAAGCUCAGACUUGAAAACAUCUGACCUGUUAAAACCUUGUAGCAAUUUUUUAUUAAAAAAAACCGUUUUUGUUUUUU